CGGAGAGCUCAGAGGGAGGAGGCGCGAGCGGCGGCGCGUGCGCGCGGGGAGAGGCGGUUGGCGUAGCCGUUAGGAUGUCGCGUUACGGCCGAUAUGGAGGCGAGACCAAGGUCUACGUGGGGAACCUGGGCACGGGCGCGGGCAAAGGCGAGCUGGAGAGAGCCUUUAGCUACUAUGGGCCGCUGCGAACCGUGUGGAUCGCGAGGAACCCGCCAGGGUUUGCCUUCGUGGAGUUUGAAGACCCGAGGGAUGCGGAAGAUGCUGUCCGUGGACUCGAUGGCAAGGUGAUCUGUGGCUCCAGGGUUAGAGUGGAAGUGUCAACAGGGAUGCCUCGUCGCUCCCGCUAUGACAGGCCUCCAGCACGGCGCCCCUUUGACCCUAAUGACAGAUGCUAUGAGUGUGGCGAGAAAGGCCACUAUGCUUAUGAUUGUCAUCGCUAUAGUCGCCGAAGGAGGAGCAGGUCCCGGUCUCGAUCCCGUUCGAGGUCCCGAGGAAGGAGGUAUUCUCGGUCGCGCAGUCGCAGUCGUGGUAGGAGGUCAAGAUCAGCUUCUUACCGCAGGUCCAGGUCAGUUUCUCCUCGCAGGUCUCGAUCUGUCUCUCCUCGCCGGUCCCGAUCAGGUUCCUUGAAGAGAUCGAGGUCUAGAUCCAGAUCCAGGUCUAGAUCCAGAUCUGUUACAUGGCCACGAAGCAGGUCUAGGUCUCAUGGCAGAUCUAAAUCUGGCUCCCCAGCUAAGAGUCGAUCGAAGUCCCGAUCACCAUCUCCAAAGAGAAGUCGUUCACCAUCAGGAAGCCCUCAAAGAAGUGCAAGUCCUGAAAGAAUGGAUUAAAGUUAUGAACUUAAUCUUUUGGGAAGAAAGUUAUUUUGCUUACAUUAUAAUAAGGGAUUUUGUGGUGUCUUUGUAAAUGUAAGAAUGUAGAUAGAAGAGUAUAUCAACGAAAAUUUGGCAUGAUCUGGGUCUUCUGAGUUAGUCACACCGAUAGACCAGCACAGGCCUGUUUUUAUUGUAUGAAUUAACUUCCUGUGAUAUGAAAAUGUGGGACUUUUUUAUUGGCACAUUGAAAUAAAAUGUGUAUUUUUAACUAAAACUUCUCUGUAGUAACCCUGCUGCUUCUGUUAACAUUCGGGUAGCUUUCACUGUGUGCCAUGUAACGUGGAUGAAAUAUGUCUAAAAUAGCAAUGACUAGCGUCUCUCAGGCUAGUCACUUUUCACAUUUAUUGUCGAAUGGUCUUUUGUGAUAGGAUCGGUUUCUGCUUUCUUUGAAAUUGAAUUUGAAAUUCGUUUUCUUUGUUUGCGGAUGGUUAAAAAUUUGCAUAUGCCCUUUUUAUUCCUCUGUGAUCUUUAAAGGGCAUUCAUUUUUUUUCUCCCUGAUGGUUUUAUUUUUUAUUCUGCAAUGCUUGCUUUUGGUGGUUGGACUAGUGUGAUAACAAAUGUCCAAAAAUGUAAGAAUGAGCUUUUUUUUCAGAACACUGGCAUAUUUAAAACAAAUAACAUCCGCAGAAAUAUCUAAACAGAAUACAAAUCAUUAACAACUCAAUGAUUGCUACUUUCUUUUCUUGCAUUUUUUUUUUAGUUAUUCAGUCUGAGGUUAAAAAAAAAAUCCUAAAAUGUCUCAAGAUAUGUUUUCCUUUUUUUUGAGGGAAGACCAAACAAAACAAGACUUUCUGAAGGAACUUCUGAACAUGUGUUAUUGGUCUUCCUGCAGUGCACUCUACCUUUCCUUUUAAAAGUGAAAGAUUUUUGCUUGCCAGCCUCAGCAAUUCUAACCUGGUGCACUGAAAAUGGUACAAUUUUAUAGCAGCCCAGAUCCUGGAGUCAAAUUCGUUGAUGAAGCCAGUUUCGUACAACAAAUCCAUAGCUGAAGGCUUAAUGAUUUGUAUACACGUGUGUCAAACUCUGCUUAUUCCAUCGUCAAAAAUUGCAUGAUAAGGCACUUUGUUGACACUGAUCACACCAAAAGACUGGAAACAAGGUUAGACUGUCAGCAAAGAAAUUGGUAGUUGGAGGGAAAAACAACCUUUUUCUUAAACUAUGAUGAGCUCUCUAACAGAAACAGACGUGAGUUUCAGUGUUAAAAGCAAGCUUACGAGCCUGUCUAUACAAGCACUGACCGGGAAAGUGAGGGCUAUUUGGUCUUCCAGUGAAACAGGUAAUGGUAGAUUGCUUCAAAUGCAUAAACUGUAACAGAGUUUGCUUAACAAGCAAAAAGCAAAAAUCACAAAAUUAACUUCAGUCACACCUUGGGUACCCCGUGACUUUCAGAAAACGGGCCUUCUGUCCAAAGAUGACUUUAUGGAGCUUUCUCGAUGUACAAGCCAGUAGUCCAGGUUCUGAAAGUGUCUCAUAGCGCAGCACUGUUUUAAGUGAAGCAGCCAAAGCUUUUGGCCUUUGUGACUAUCCUAACUGUUGCCGUGCUCGGUGUCCGUCGGACGCUCCGUUGGUGCAUAGCGAUGGGCACUAGUGUUUCGUUUGCUAGGUGUGAUGAUCAAUAUUCUGGCGAUAUCCAUGAAAUUCCAGCGUAACUGCAAAGGGAGAGCAGGAGGUGACAUGCGCCACUCUGGAAUGAUUUAUCAGACAUACCGAAAGCUUGUUGUUUGUUCGGACUAUUUAUUGGUUGUGUAUUGACUGCCUGUUUUAUAGCAUACCCAGUGAGGAGUCACUCGCACCAGCGCUCUGGAAUUUGAUCAGCUUUUUUUCUCUUCUGUACUCUUGAGGCAAACCUACUCCACAAUAAACCUGCCAACUAACA